AUGUCGUAUAUCUACCGGUACCGCAACAAAAAAGAGCUCGCAUGGAGGAAAAUAAGCGAGGAAGUUGGCAUAUCUGAGGAGGUAUGCCGAAGGAAGUGGAAAAGUUUGAGGGACACGUAUGUCAAAGAAAGGAAGAGGGAGAAGGAAGAUAACAGGAGUGGGUCAGCCGCAGGGACCAAUAAAAAAUGGAAAUACUCUGCGGUCCUGUCCUUCCUCGACCCAUUUGUUACCCCAAGGAAAACCACCAGCAAUAUGGUGUCGGGGGUCGAGGAAGACAGGACCUCAGAGUAUGGAGGUGAAGCACAGGGAGCAGACGAUGAACAUGAGUUUUCAGAGGGCAGUGAGGCAGAGGAACACCAUGAUGCCACUGCUGAUGCCCCUGAUGCCCCUCCUGCUGUCUCUGCUGCUGUCCCUGCUGCUGUCCCUACUGAUGCCCCUGCAGGACCUAGUGGUGUAGGCAGAGCACCAAGGGGAAGAAAAAGGCCCAGGAAUCUAGACAACGAAAAGGAGGUGCAUGAACGCCUCCUUGAGGCCCUGACAAUGCGGGGGUCCGGUGCUCUGCCUGCCGCCCCACUCUCAGAGGAUGAGCAUUUCCUCCAAAGCCUGCUUCCUUCCCUUCAAAGACUGCCAACGCAGCAGAAGAACUUCGUGAAGUUCAAAAUUCAUAGAUCAAUUUAUGAAGCAAGCACAGUUGUGCUAAAUUUGGAAUUUGAAUAG